AUGUCCUCUUUAGCGUUGGACGACGUGGAAGCAUCUGCAACCUGCGAUGCAGAAUUCAAGCAGCAAGCGACAUCUCACGCAGUUGAUAAUAAGGAGUCUGAAGAGCUCGUAGCGCCUGAUGUAUUUGACGAAAGAUAUCGCACGACGAAAUGGGAGAUCUGGGCCUACUAUGCCUACUACAUUGGGAAUAACGGGCUCUCGCUAUUCAACUUCGCUCCCACAGCCUUCCAGAACCUCCUCUACCAAGCCGCAGGCGACCAGGGAACCCUCCUCUUCGCAGGCCGCCAACGCUCGAUCAACAGUAUCGUCCUCCUGAGCAACGGCAUCUCCUUCGCCAUCCAGGUCGUCGUCUUCCUGGUGAUAGGCAGCUUCGCUGACUUCGGGACCUGGCGGCCUAACAUCCUGAUCGUCUUGUCAGUUAUCGCCUACGCCAUCGGCUUCGGCUGGUUGGGUGUCCACACGCAGGAGAAAUGGCACAUCGCGGUGGGAUUGUACAUUGUAGGACUGAUCGCGUAUCAGACGACGCUGACGUUCUGGACGGCUGCGUUUCCGGGUCUGGCGCGGAAUACGGCCGAGAUGAAGGAUCGCGCAGAUGCGUAUGCAGCGGGUAGGAUCUCGCGGACGGAGUACGACGAUGCGGACACGAUGGCGCGCAGCAAGCUGGCCAAUGUAGCGUUCUACGUGCAGUCUGUGGCGGAGAUUGUGAUCCUCGCUAUCAUCGUGGGGAUCAUGUUUGGGCUGAGGGUGGAUGAGAGCCAGGCGAAUAAUAACUGGGGGCUGAGCGUGCUGAUUGCGUUCGCCUCCGGGGUGUGGCUGCUCGUCUCGCUGCCGUGGUUUGUUCUUGAGAAACGACGGCCGGGGCAGGACCCCGGACGGAACAUUAUCGUUGCGGGAUUGAAGCAGCUAUACCAUGCCGGAAGGGAGGUGUGGAAACUCAAGCAGAGUCUGCUGUACCUGAUAGGAUAUUUCCUCCUCGGCGACUCCCUCAACACAACAGUCACAGUGAUUGGGACAUUGCAGAAUAGCAUCGUCGCAUACAACACACUGGAACUGACCUAUCUCCUGAUCGUAGGCAUAGCAGCACAGGCACUUGGCAUUUACGCCUUUUGGUUCAUCCAGCGGCGCUACAACCUCGGUACGAAGACCAUGUUCAACGCUAUCGCAGUGGGAAUCAUCCUGCUUGACGGAUGGGGGAUGAUCGGCAUCUGGACGCAGCGGUUCGGGUUUCACCAUGCUUGGGAGAUCUGGCUCUACCAAGCCUUCUACGGCCUUUUCGUCUGCCCUUGGUACAGCUACUCCCAGAUCAUGAUCUCGGAGGUCACGCCGCGCGGCCACGAGUUCCUAUUCUUCAGUUUGUUCAGCAUCAUCGGCAAGACGUCCUCGUUCAUUGGGCCGCUGGUCUCCAGUGCGAUUAUCGAUGCCUCGCCGUCGGGGAACGUGUCGACGCCGUUUUAUUUCCUGUUUGCUUUGAGUGUGGUGAGUUUUGUGAUUUUGGUGCUUGGGGUUGAUCUGGAGAAGAGUCGGAAGGAGCAGGAGGUUUUCCUGAGAGAGAAGGGUAGGAUGCUUGCUUCAGAGAGUUCAGUCCACAUAUGA